ACUCGUAUGGUCCAUGAGAUGGGCCUGUGCAGUAACAAGAUGUUCUGCUACGCGGUGCUGGGUUCCAUCAUGGGCCAGCUGGCGGUCAUCUACUUCCCUCCACUGCAGAGUGUCUUCCAGACAGAGAGCCUCAGCAUCUUUGGUAAGAAAGACAUGUUAGCCCAUUGAGCUAAAGAUUUAAAACCCUAAGCCUUCCAGGGCCGCUAUAUUCAUAAAGCGUCUCAGAAUAGUUCUGAUCUAGGAUCAGUUUAGGCCUUUUAGAUUCAUAAUAAGUAAUUGAAGGGGUGCGUAUAUUUGUCCUGUUACACAGUGUUGAAAUGGAAAUGUGUGUUUUUGCAUAUCCCCAACUCCCCAUGAGACAUCCACAGGGAGGGGGGCGAAUCACGGCCAGAGGUUCACCAUUGUACAAAGCGCCCCACCCGGGAGGAAUUAGAGUUAAGUACCAUUGCCGAAGGGCACAGCGACAGAUUUUUCAACCUUGUCGACUCCGGUAUUCAAACCCUCGACCUUUCGGUCCACCCGGCCCUGGGCGUUCCUAACCUCUAGGGCUAACCUGGCCAGCCCUAAAUGAAAUGGACAGGGCUGGGGGACCUGAUCCUAUGUUCUAGACCUCUAGGCUACCUUCCGCCCUAAGGAAUGGACGGGGUGGGGAACCUGAUUUCUGUGUUCUAACCUCUAGCUACCUCGCCCUAAUGAUGGUAACCUCUAGGCUACCUGCCGCCCUAAUGAAUGGACGGGGGUGUGGGACCUGAUCCUGUGUUCUAACCUCUAGGCUACCUGCCGCCCUAAUGAAUGGACGGGGGUGGGGGACCUGAUCCUGUGUUCUAACCUCUAGGCUACCUGCCGCCCUAAUGAAUGGACGGGGGUGGGGGACCUGAUCCUGUGUUCUAACCUCUAGGCUACCUGCCGCCCUAAUGAAUGGACGGGGGUGUGGGACCUGAUCCUGUGUUCUAACCUCUAGGCUACCUGCCGCCCUAAUGAAUGGACGGGGGUGGGGGACCUGAUCCUAUGUUCUAACCUCUAGGCUACCUGCCGCCCUAAUGAAUGGACGGGGGUGGGGGACCUGAUUCUGUGUUCUAACCUCUAGGCUACCUGCCGCCCUAAUGAAUGGACGGGGGUGGGGGACCUGAUCCUGUGUUCUAACCUCUAGGCUACCUGCCGCCCUAAUGAAUGGACGGGGGUGGGGGACCUGAUCCUGUGUUCUAACCUCUAGGCUACCUGCCGCCCUAAUGAAUGGACGGGGGUGGGGGACCUGAUCCUAUGUUCUAACCUCUAGGCUACCUGCCGCCCUAAUGAAUGGACGGGGGUGGGGGACCUGAUCCUGUGUUCUAACCUCUAGGCUACCUGCCGCCCUAAUGAAUGGACGGGGGUGGGGGACCUGAUCCUGUGUUCUAACCUCUAGGCUACCUGCCGCCCUAAUGAAUGGACGGGGGUGGGGGACCUGAUCCUGUGUUCUAACCUCUAGGCUACCUGCCGCCCUAAUGAAUGGACGGGGGUGGGGGACCUGAUCCUGUGUUCUAACCUCUAGGCUACCUGCCGCCCUAAUGAAUGGACGGGGGUGGGGGACCUGAUCCUGUGUUCUAACCUCUAGGCUACCUGCCGCCCUAAUGAAUGGACGGGGGUGGGGGACCUGAUCCUGUGUUCUAACCUCUAGGCUACCUGCCGCCCUAAUGAAUGGACGGGGGUGGGGGACCUGAUCCUGUGUUCUAACCUUAGGCUACCUGCCGCCCUAAUGAAUGGACGGGGGUGGGGGACCUGAUCCUAUGUUCUAACCUCUAGGCUACCUGCCGCCCUAAUGAAUGGACGGGGGUGGGGGACCUGAUCCUGUGUUCUAACCUCUAGGCUACCUGCCGCCCUAAUGAAUGGACGGGGGUGGGGGACCUGAUCCUGUGUUCUAACCUCUAGGCUACCUGCCGCCCUAAUGAAUGGACAGGGGGUGUGGGACCUGAUCCUGUGUUCUAACCUCUAGGCUACCUGCCGCCCUAAUGAAUGGACAGGGGUGGGGGACCUGAUCCUGUGUUCUAACCUCUAGGCUACCUGCCGCCCUAAUGAAUGGACGGGGGUGUGGGACCUGAUCCUAUGUUCUAACCUCUAGGCUACCUGCCGCCCUAAUGAAUGGACGGGGGUGGGGGACCUGAUCCUGUGUUCUAACCUCUAGGCUACCUGCCGCCCUAAUGAAUGGACGGGGGUGGGGGACCUGAUCCUGUGUUCUAACCUCUAGGCUACCUGCCGCCCUAAUGAAUGGACGGGGGUGGGGGACCUGAUCCUGUGUUCUGACCUCUAGGCUACCUGCCGCCCUAAUGAAUGGACGGGGGUGGGGGACCUGAUCCUGUGUUCUAACCUCUAGGCUACCUGCCGCCCUAAUGAAUGGACGGGGGUGGGGGACCUGAUCCUACGUCAGCUCUCCUGUUCUGAGACAGGCCCUGGUCUGUUAGUGAUGGGGGUGACAGUUUAUAUGUGCUGUAGUAACAUUCCGUCCCUUCUUCCCUUCCAGACCUGCUGUUCCUGGUGGGCCUCACGUCCUCUGUCUGCGUGGUCUCUGAGGCCAUAAAGUGGAUCGAGAGGUGGAGAGGAGUGAGGGAGAGGAGAACCACAGUGGCUGAAGAAGACUCCUUCCACGAUGUAUGA